AUGGUUUCUUGGAACAGCAUCUUUACUCUAGCCCUCGGCCUUGUCAGUUCGGCUCGUGCCUACACCAACCCCAUCCGAAACCCGGGAGGUGGUGAUCCCCAGAUUACCUAUACUGGUGGUUACUACUAUCUCAUCUCCACUGAGUGGACCAAUCUGCAGCUCACUCGCGCCACUACUAUCGAGGGGCUCAAGACUGCUACUCCUAAGGUCAUUUACACAGACUCAGACCCUUCGCGAUCAUCUAACGUAUGGGCACCUGAGCUUCACUACUUGGGUGGAAAAUGGUAUAUCUACUACACUGCUGGAAAGGCUGAAGACCUUACUGGACAGCGUUCUCAUGUUAUCAAGGGUGGUGCCACUCCUUGGGACAGCUGGUCCUACGGAGCCAAACUCUCUGACGACUGGGGUAUUGAUGGUACAAUCCUCCGGACCAACCAGUUCGGCAACUACUUUGUGUACUCUUGCAUGACUGGUGUUCAAUACCAAUCCACGUGCGUCCGUAAGCUUGGAUCUGACUUCAUGUCCGCCGGCGCCUUGAGCAUCAUCUCCCAACCUGAUCAGGCCUGGGAAAAGAGCGGCACUCCUGUGCAAGAGGGACCAAACGCUCUGUAUUUCGGCGGAAAGACCUACAUUGCCUACUCUGCCAACUAUUGCUGGACCCCUGAUUACUGCGUUGCGACCCUUGAGUGGGACGGAAAAACUGACCCAGCCAAGGCGUCUGCAUGGAAGAAAUCCAACGGCUGUGUUCUCAAGAGUGCGAAUGGAAGCUAUGGAACUGGACACAACAGCUUUUUCCAGAGUCCUGACGGAAAGCAGACUUUCAUUACGUUCCAUGCUACUUCGAACAAGAAUGGUGCUUGCGACGACACUCGAUAUGCUAUGACUCAGCCCUUGACUGCCAAUGCCGAUGGCACACCUAACUUUGGAAAGGUCCAGCCUUUCUCUUUUCAAUUUGCGGAGCCUUCCAAGUAG